GCGGGAGCGGCGGCGCUGCCGGGACAGCUCAAGGUCGGGCAGGUCACAGCGCGGCCCUGGCGGGAAGGCCGUGAGGGCGAACGCGGUACGGGGGCGGCGCUGAGCGGGUUAACGGUCGUCGGUAACGGUCGCUAACGGCUGUCGGUGGGGGGUAAAACCCGCGGACUGGGGGAGGGGAGUCCCCUGACGUCAUGUCCAUCUAGUUGACGUAAAGAACAGAUUUGGGGACCCUCCUCUAGGGCAGGGUGGAAGCAAGAGGACUCAAGACGGGAGCAGGCCCCGCCGAUCUCGGAUUGUAAAAGAAACUUCAGGACUUCAAGAUGACAGGAAGAGAAUUUCUUGAAGUAGAUACUCCGCAGCAAAGACUAUUUUUGGAAAGAUUUAAGCGGAUGGAAAUCAUACAAAAGAUAUUCAAUGAGCUUCCUAAAGCGGAUCAGAACCUCUGUAACCAUGGGUCAUACUUCCUCGCAGCAAACUCAAGCUUAUGUGGCUUAGCAGGAAAUAACUUCUUCAGGAACAUCCUCCACGUCAGACAAGCUGCCUUCAUCUCUGCUUUGCCAAUGGCUGUUAUUCCGUUUCUUUCAACAGCAGCAGUUUAUGAAGUUUUUGUGCGUGAACCUUUAUUUUCAGGUGAGCUAAGCUGCGAGGUCUGCACCGUGGUCAGAGGAGGAUUGAUAGGGGCUGCUGUGGGUGGGCUCUACCCAGUGUUCCUGGCUCUCCCCAUGAACGCAAGCCUGGCAGCCAGGUAUUCGUCAUCUCCCUUGCCAGGGAAAGAAAAUCUGUUUCGGUUUUGGCUCACAGUUGCUCAGCCUGUCUUUAGGAAGAUGAGUUGGGCUGUACUUGUACAGGCUCUAACUGGAAUAUAUCUUGCCACUAAACAUCAUGGAAUAUACAUCAAAAUACUGGAGCAGAUGAACACUAGGAGGGAUCCUGAAGAGUUAGAAGCAUGAAGUUAAUCCGUUUUGGAUAAGUAACCAUAAUAAACAAAGAAAGAA